GCAAUGGCAGGAGCUGGACCUGGAUUUUGCUGGUGGCUCAGUCCCUUUCCGUUUUGUGCAGCUAAACUGACUGUUGUGGAUUAAUGCCACUAAACGAGUCCGGACCGAGUCUGUUCCGGUCUGAGGAGAUCCGGAGGCGCGCGGACAACAAAGUGGAAUUGGAAUCUGUGGAUGUUCUUGUGUAGCUAGCUGCUAGACGCUACCACACACGGCCCAGGUCCCGAGUCGAUGGACGCACCGGCAGGUCCAAAACCGGACUUAGGGUGUUGCAGCCUGGAUCAUUUGGCCCACAUAUCAGUAACUAGAUGAUCAGCUGACAAGUUUAGCAUAGGCAGAUCCCUGCUAACCUUCAGCACUAUCUGCUGAUGACAGAAGGAUUGUUUGGAUUCAACCCUCUGCCUUCUCCUCGGGGCUUUCCCUCACUCAGUCCACUCAUCCCAGGAGGGAUUAUUUUUUCACCUACAUUUGAAUGUGUCCACUUCUGUUUACCCACUUUGUGUGUAACAACUGGUUGGGGGCAGCUCGUCUAGUGCGGUGUUGGACUGAGCGGGAGCUCCAUCUCUGAAGCUGAAGAGGGAGAAGACAGGAGCAUUUGGGAGCACAGGAGGAAGAAGGAACCAUGGGUGUGCAACAGGAAGACGUAGAAAAGUUCCUCAAAGGGAACCCUGCAUUUGCAAAACAGUACUUUGCCAAGAAGUUGAGCCCUGCCUCCAUAUCGAAGAUGACAGGAAUCCCAGAGAAACAAAUCGAUAUCAGCCAGUUCCAGGAGCUCAGUCAGUUUGAAGAAAGCCAAAUCAUGUAUGACCUAAUCAAAGACAUGCAGGAGAACAUCAACAUGGAAAAAGUGGUCUUCAAGAUCAUGAAGAGGAUCAGUGCGCUCAUCCACGCCGACCGGUGCAGCUUGUUCAUGUACCGGCAGCGGAACGGCAUCGGUGAGCUCGCCACAAGGCUCUUCAACAUCAACACAGAGGCAGAAUUCGAGGACUGUGUGGUGCCACCAGACUCUGAGAUCGUCUACCCACUGGACCUGGGAAUCGUUGGCAACGUGGCCCUGACCAAGAAGCCUGUUAAUGUGAAAGAUGUCAAAGAGAACCAGCACUUCAGCUCCUUCGUCGAUGAACUCACAGACUACGAGACCCGAAAUGUUCUGGCGGCGCCCAUCCUCAACGGCAAAGACCUGGUGGCUGUGAUCAUGGCUCUGAACAAGACCACAGGGCCACAUUUCACCGCUGACGAUGAAGAUCUUUUUUUAAAGUAUCUGAAAAUUGCCACUCUGAACUUGAAGAUCUUCCACCUGAGUUACCUGCACAAUUGUGAGACACGUAAAGGACAGCUGCUGCUGUGGUCUGCACACAAGGUAUUUGAAGAGCUGACCGACAUCGAGCGACAGUUUCACAAAGCCUUGUACACAGUCCGAGCCUACCUUAACUGUGACCGCUACUCCGUCGGUUUACUAGACAUGACAAAGGAGAAGGAGUUCUUUGAUAUCUGGCCGGUGUUGAUGGGAGAGCAGGCACCUUACUCUGGCCCCAUCACUCCUGAUGGCAGGGAGGUGAUUUUCUACAAAGUGAUUGAUUAUAUAUUGCAUGGAAAAGAAGACAUCAAAGUAAUACCCAAUCCAACUCCAGAUCACUGGGCCUUGAGUAGCGGCCUGCCUACUUAUGUUGCAGAGACCGGUCUUAUUUGUAACAUCAUGAAUGCAGGUGCUGAUGAGACAUUUCAGUUUCAGAACGAGGCACUUGACACCAGCGGGUGGACCAUCAAAAACGUCCUGUCGCUGCCAAUCGUCAACAAAAAAGAAGAGAUAGUCGGCGUGGCCACUUUUUACAACAGAAAAGACGGAAAGCCUUUUGAUGAUCAGGACGAGCAGCUCAUGGAGGCUUUGACUCAGUUCCUGGGCUGGUCAGUUUUGAACACGGACACUUACGACAAGAUGAACAAGCUGGAGAAUCGGAAAGACAUUGCUCAAGACAUGGUGCUCUACCACGUCAAGUGUCGCGAUGAUGAGAUUCAGAAUAUCCUGAACACCAGAGAGCUCUACGGCUGUGAACCAAGAGACUGUGAAGAAGAUGACCUCCUACAAAUCCUGAAAAAAGACCUACCUCCACUGAUUAAGAAGUUUGAGAUCUACGAGUUCCGCUUCUCAGACUUUAACUGCACAGAGAUGGACCUGGUGCGAUGCGGGAUCCAAAUGUACUAUGAGGUCGGGGUAGUAAAGAAGUUCCAGGUCCCUCAAGAGGUGCUGGUUCGGUUCAUGUACUCGGUCAGCAAAGGCUACAGAAAAAUCACCUAUCACAACUGGCGUCACGGCUUCAACGUGGGACAGACCAUGUUCACACUCUUAACGACGGGAAUGCUGAAGCGCUACUACACUGAUCUGGAGGUCAUGGCCAUGAUAACUGCUGGCUUCCUCCACGAUAUUGAUCACAGAGGGACCAACAACUUGUACCAAGUCAAGUCUGGCAACCCUCUGGCCAAGCUACACGGCUCCUCCAUCUUGGAACGGCACCACCUGGAGUUUGGAAAGUUCCUCUUGGCUGAUGAGUCACUGAACAUCUACCAGAACCUUAAUAGGCGACAGGUCGACCAUGUGAUUCAUCUCAUGGACAUCGCCAUCAUCGCCACUGACCUGGCUCUUUAUUUCAAGAAGAGAACCAUGUUCCAGAAGAUCGUGGACCUUUCACAUACCUACGAGGAUGAGAAGAAGUGGGUCGACUUCAUGUCUCUAGAAACAACCAGAAAAGAAAUUGUCAUGGCUAUGAUGAUGACCGCAUGUGACUUGUCAGCUAUCACCAAGCCUUGGGAGGUGCAGAGCAAGGUUGCUUUGUCCGUAGCAGCAGAGUUUUGGGAGCAGGGUGACCUUGAGAGGACAGUGCUGGAGCAGCAGCCUAUUCCCAUGAUGGACAGAAACAAGGCAGCAGAGCUUCCAAAGCUACAGUGUGGUUUCAUCGACUUUGUCUGCACGUUUGUCUACAAGGAGUUUUCUCGCUUCCACCCACAAAUCACGCCCAUGCUGGAUGGCAUCCUAAAUAACAGGAAGGAGUGGAAUGCUAAAAAAGAAGAGUACGAGGCUAAACUGAAAGCCAUUGAGGAAGAGAAGGCUGCUAAAGAGGCAGUCACAGCUGCAAAAGCUGGCGCAAACAACCCCAGCGGUGGAGGCUCAGGCUCCAAGACCUGCUCUGUGUGCUAAAAAUACCAAAAAGCUCUGCACAUGAUGGGAGAGCGCAUGUGUGGGUCAUGACAGACUGAAUUCAGAGUUACCUGAGCAACACAGACAGUCAGUCAGUCAGUCACACCACCAAGACAAACAAAACUGCAAUAAGGUCAGGAGGACAGAUACAUGAGUGAAUGCACAGAACUAUAGUGUCCCCUCAGAAAAACAGGUUCAAAUCAGCAAACACCUGAACAAGAAGAGAAUCCUUACUAUGAAGACCAUUGAUUUAUGAGUUUUUAAUCUCAGGUUUUUACUCAACCUCAUACAGGACUAGUUUCCUGAUAUUCUGAGAAUGAAUCGUAGUUCAGAUGGAAAUAAGGUGUGUGUGUCAAUGUGUGCGAGUGAGUGUGUUUGUUGUGGGACAAACUUUUAUAUUUAUUUUUGUCAGUUUAGUUUCUUUGAGAGGGUAACACCUACAUACAUACUGAUUAGUAACAACCAAGUAAUUCUUUGCAGCAGAGCCAUAGUGACUGCUGCAUAUUACACAUUAAUGUAAGAUAAAUAUACGGUUUCAAAAUGUAAUUGCAGACAAUGGGUAUUAAACUAGUGUACAUAUAUUUCAGUAUUUUAAAAACAAUUUCAUGUUUACUCCUUCCAGUCACUUACCAUUUACAACUGAGAGUCUGUUUACCUUGAUUGCAGAGAGCCUACGGUAGAUGACUGCUAUAGCUAAAGGCUGUCAUUAUCAAAGAUGCAUACUAUAAAGUCACAAGUUAAGUGAAACACAUAUAAAGGCGAUUGCAUAUAAAUUUCACUUUGCUGUCUGCAGACAAGCCUGUAGUUGCUUCCUCAUGAUGCCUUCACACUGUACAUACGUCUGAGAGUAGCUGAGAAAAUUCUCAUUUUGUUAAUAUACAAUUACAGCCGGUACUACCUUGGACAUUAGUUGGUUCCAGAUAAAAUUAACUUUAUUAUGAACUGAGUGAUUUGAUCUAAGUGGUAAUGUCAAUAUUGUUGAUGCAUGGAAGCAAGAGUAACCACCUCUCUUCAGCUGCUGCAACAAGUUAUCACUCAUGAAUCAGUGAUGGAGAAUUUAUCCUCUGCCAUCAGGUGGAACCAUCCUGUAUAAAAGCAGGGUUCAGCCCUAGUGCACCACCCGAGAACUGACUCUAGUUCUGAGGCCAGUGAAAAAUGUGGUUUGAUGUAAGAUAAAACCAAACACAAAUUUGAAUGUGGGUUAACAGGAAAACUCCACAAACUAGAACUGUUGUCACAGUUUGAGUCUAUGAGUCUACAAUAACAACUUCUGCGGACACACAAUGCUGUUUGAGACAGCACAAAAAGAACAACUUCUUGUAAUGACUUGUAUAUAUUUACUUCCUGUGUGUAAAUAUAUAAAAACAUAUUUUUAUAGUCAAAAUAUAGAUGCUUAUUUUUUAAAGUAGUGAAAUUAGUGGUUUGUAAGAACUUGCAUAUAUGAGUCGUCCAGUUAUUUCUGAUGCCCUUAACUUAUUGAGAAAUGGUUUUUAUCAUGCUUGCCUCAAUGUAAUGAUGUACAAGUACUUCACACAUGGGAAGGAGUGUAUCAGCGAUGACCAUGUAUCAUUAGGCAAUACAUGUACUUAAAUACGCUCUGGCUGUACCAUUAACAUUAUCAGAUAGACUUUUUAUUUUAACGUAUGGUCAGUUUGUUAAAGCUUGCCUCUUCAUGUGUACAUGACAACCCAAAUAAAGCAAAUGUAUUUUUAUGGA